UGUCUGCCUGGAUGGGGGGUGAGGCUGAGGUGCCCCCUUGCCCGGCGCUGAGUCAUGGGCAUCCCCCAGGGUCACUGCCAGAGCUCUCUUGGCCCUGCCCCCUCCCAGCCUCCCUCUGAGAAAUCCGUGACUCACGUAAGGUCCCGUCAUCCCAGCCAAGCUAGGGAAGAGGGAGGAGCCCGGCUGGGGCAGGAGGGGGGCGUCCCCCCUGCAAACACACGCUGCCGCCUCUGCAGCUCCCUGCCCGCUUGCUCUGCUGCAAGAGAGGAGCUGGGAGCCUCCCACGCUCACCAGCCCUCCCACUGGGGGCACCCGGACCCCGGUGUCUGUGUGAAGCCUCCAAGGUGAAUCGUGAAAGGCAUUCCAGCUGCCUGGCCCCACAUAGGACCUUCCACCGGCACCAGGUGCUGACUUCUCAGGGUGACCUUGGGGAGAAAGAUGGCCGCCCAAGUGCUGCGGCAGAAGGCCCUGUUCCUGCUAUGUCUGCUCUUCCUGGUUCAAGGUACCCAUGGUGGGGGGCCCCGUGAAGACUUCCGUUUCUGUGGCCAGAGGAACCAGACACAGAAGAGCAGCCUCCAUUACAAGCAGACUUCAGAGCUGCACAUCUCCAUCAAGAACUCGGAGGGAGCCCUCACAAUUCAUGCUCCCUUCCUGGCAGUCCUCCCGGCUUCCCAGCCCUUCCCUGACCCAAGGGGCCUCUACCACUUCUGCUUGUACUGGAACCGCCAUGCGGGGAUACUGCAUCUUCGCUACGGCAAGAACGACUUCUUGCUGAGUAACCAAGCCUCUGGACUCCUGUGCUUCCGGCACCACAAGGAGAGCCUGGCUCAGGGCCCCCCACUGCUCGCCACCUCUGUCAGCUCCUGGUGGAGCCCCCAGAACACCAGUCUGCCCAGUGCUACCGGCUUCACCUUCUCCUUCCACAAUCCUCCCCAGAAGGCCUCCCACAAUGCCUCGGUGGACAUGUGUGAGCUGAAAAGGGACCUCGAGCAGCUCAACCAGCUUCUGAGGCACCCCGGAAAGACCUCGAGGAGGCCCUCGUCCACCCUUGCCAGCCAGAGGCUGCAGAGCCUGGAGUCGAAGCUGACCUCUGUGAAGUUCCCAGGGGACGUGCUGUCCUUCGAGGAGGAUCUGGUCAACGCCACGGUGUGGAAGCUGCAGCCCACAGCCAGCCUCCAGGACCUGCACAUCCAUUCCAGGCGCCAGGAGGAACAGAGUGAGGUCCAGGAGUACUCGGUGCAGCUGCCCCGCACACUCUUCCAGAAGACCAAAGGCCGGAGAGGGGAGGCUGAAAAGAGACUCCUUCUGGUGGACUUCAGCAGCCAAGCCCUGUUCCAGGACAAGAAUUCCAGUCAAGUCCUGGGUGAGAAGGUCUUGGGUAUCGUCGUGCAGAACACCAAAGUAGCCAACCUCUCGGAGCCCGUGGUGCUCACCUUCCAGCACCAGCCACAGCCGAAAAACGUGACUCUCCAGUGCGUAUUCUGGGUUGAAGACCCAGCAUUGAGCAGCCCGGGGAGCUGGAGCGAUGCUGGGUGUGAGACCAUCGGGAGAGAGACACAGACGUCCUGCCUCUGCAACCACCUGACCUACUUUGCAGUGCUCAUGGCCCCAUCUGUGGAGGUAGACGCCGUACACAAGCACUACCUGACCAUCGUAUCCUACCUGGGCUGCGUCAUCUCGGCUCUGGCCUGCGUCCUCACCAUCGCCACCUACCUCUGCUACAGGAGGAAGCCUCGGGAUUACACCAUCAAAGUGCACAUGAACUUGCUGCUGGCGGUCUUCCUGCUGGACGUGAGCUUUCUGCUGAGUGAGCCGGUGGCCCUGACAGGCUCCGAGGCUGGCUGCCGUGCCAGCGCCAUCUUCCUGCACUUCUCUCUGCUCGCCUGCCUCUCCUGGAUGGGCCUCGAGGGCUACAACCUCUACCGACUGGUGGUCGAGGUCUUUGGCACUUAUGUCCCUGGCUACCUGCUCAAACUGAGCAUCAUAGGCUGGGGCUUCCCCAUCUUUCUCGUGAUGCUGGUGGCUCUAGUGGACGUGAACAACUACGGCCCCAUCAUCCUGGCCGUGCAGAGGACCCCGGAGAGUGUCAUCUACCCUUCCAUGUGCUGGAUCCGGGACUCCCUGGUCAGCCACGUCACCAACCUGGGCCUCUUCAGCCUGGUGUUUCUGUUCAACACGGCCAUGCUGGGCACCAUGGUGGUGCAGAUCCUGCGCCUGCGCCCGCACGCCCAGAAAUGGCCCCACGUGCUGACGCUGCUGGGCCUCAGCCUGGUCCUCGGUCUGCCCUGGGCUUUGAUCUUCUUCUCCUUUGCUUCGGGCACCUUCCAGCUUGUCGUGCUCUACUUCUUCAGCAUCAUCACCUCCUUCCAAGGCUUCUUCAUCUUCCUCUGGUACUGGUCCAUGCGGCUGCAGGCCCGGGGCGGGCCUUCCCCACUGAAGAACAGCUCGGACAGUGCCAGGCUCCCCAUCAGCUCGGGCAGCACCUCGUCCAGCCGCAUCUAGGCCACCAGCCACCCGCCAGGAGCUGCGUAAGGAAACAGAGAUGCGGCCUCUCCUCACCCCCACCUGCCACCCCCACAGCCAGGCC